AUGGCGGCAAGCGGCGCUGGCGCCCACGGCGACACGGACGAUGAGCACACCCCACACAAUUACCACGAGGAGACCGACUCCUCCCCCUUUGCCUCCAACAAGGAUGUGGCUAUCAGGGAUGGCUCUCAUACGGAGAACGGUGUGACUCCUCAGCCUCCGCCGCUCCAGAAGCGGCGCCGCGUUGGGCGCGCCUGCGACGAAUGUCGCCGCAAAAAGAUCAAGUGUGAUGGCAAACAGCCUUGCACACACUGCACAGUCUAUAGCUAUGAAUGUUCGUACGACCAGCCCUCCAAUCGUCGUCGCAAUCCCGCCCCGCAAUAUGUCGAAGCCCUGGAAGCCCGUAUGCAAAAGGCCGAGGCACUCCUGCGAACGGUCUUCCCGGAUGUCAAUCUCGACGACCCGAGUCUCGAUGUGAAUGCGCCGGAGUUUCGUUUGCCGAUCCACCAGAAGGGGAAGAGGCCGACGCAGGCGACCCCGACGACGGUGGGAAAUGCCCCAUACGCGCAAGAUCAUCGCGCAGACAGUGCCCCCGAAGCGGGCGAUGACUCACUUCUGGAGACGAUGGUGGGAAAUACAGGUUGUCUUGAUCGCGACGACCAGGGACAUUGGGAUUACCAUGGACAAACCUCGGGUAUGAUUUUUGUCCGCCGAUUGCGCAAACAACUGGGCGCGAUAGAGGCGCCCGUGCCGCGAAAAGUGACGGCUAUGCUCGAAAGCCCCCGAUCGGUGUCCGUGUCCGAUUCCCCGCAAGAUGCUGCUCUUCCUCCCACGCAUGAUCUGCCCCCGAAGCCGAUCGCAAUUCGGCUGUGUCGUAAUGCGUUGGACGACGCGUGUGCUCUCAUGCGCUUUGUGAUCGAGCCCAAAUUCUACGAAAGUCUGGAUCGCAUCUACGACACGCCCCCGGAGCAAUUCGGUAACGAGGAGAACUCCUUCCUUCCACUCCUCUACAUUGUCAUGGCGGUCGGUUGUCUGUUCUCGGACGACGGGGCUGGCACUUUGGAUCUGGCGGGCUAUGAAGGCGCCAUUGGUCAAGGCUUCCAAUUCUUCAAGGCAGGACGCCAACUGCUGGAUAUCACUGAUUGCCGAGACCUCACCGCGCUCCAGGCUGUCUGUUUCAUGAUCUUAUUCCUUCAGUCCUCCGCCAAGCUUAGCACCUGCUACUCAUAUAUUGGCAUCGCACUGCGGUCGGCCCUUCGACUCGGUCUUCACCGCACGGUUGCGGCCGACUUCAACCCGGUUGAACGAGAGCUGCGGAAACGCAUCUUCUGGGUGAUUCGAAAGAUGGAUGUCUACGUCAGCACCAUGUUGGGUCUCCCUCUGAUGCUCAGCGACGACGAUAUUGAUCAGGAGUAUCCGUUGGAUGUGGAUGGAGAGUUCAUCACGGCGGAGGGCAUCCUGCCGAUGCCAACCGACUAUACCCCUCUCAUGGCCGGGUGCAACGCGCACACGCGCCUUUGCAACGUGGUCUUGAAAGUGGUGAAAUAUAUCUACCCCGUCAAGAACCAGUCGCAGUCGGACCAGCGCUAUUUGGUCAGUCACUCAAAGAUUCGAGAGAUCGAGCGCGAUCUCCAGACUUGGAUGGAAGAACUUCCCUCGGCACUCCGGCCGGGCACGGACGUGUCUCCCCAGUUGGAACGGGUCCGCCAAAUGUUGCGCAUUGGCUAUGCACACGUCCAAAUGGUCAUGUAUCGCCCUUUUCUCCAUUACGUUUCCGGAGGUUCGCAGGCUCGCGGCGUCGACAAACGUUCGUACGCCUGCGCGGCAGCCUGCGUGAGCGUUUCCCGGAACAUUGUCCACAUCACGACCGGUAUGCACAAGCGCGGCCUUCUCAAUGGCUCGUUCUGGUUUACCAUGUAUAUCACCUACUUUGCGAUUCUUUCUCUUGUAUUCUUCGUCAUUGAGAACCCGGACUCGCCCACGGCCAAGGAUGGUGUCUUGAAGGAUGCGAUGGAGGGGAAGAACACUCUCGCUGGGCUGGCGAAGAAGAGCAUGGCUGCGGACCGAUGCUCCCAAAGCUUGACGUGUCUGUUUAAAACUCUCCCCGACAGAUUAAAGAAUCGCCAGAGUUCCAAGACGCCGGUCAAUCUGAAACGCCGGGUGCCCUCGACCUUCGCAUCAGAGCCCGAAUCUAUGCAGCAACCGCCUGCACAGACUUUGCCAACCCGAUCGAAUACAUUCCCGCUUCAUAUGAUGACGCAACCUUCCGCGGGAGGCCCUCCAGCGACCCGUCGACAGAAGAGUUUAGACAACACACAGUCAUACUCGAACCGACACGCAGAGAAUGGCGCCCAAUCGGGAUGGAUGUCAUCAACCCCAGAGCUUUUGUCCGAGACCAUGUCCACUCCGGAGCCAACGCCCACGACCUCAUUCAGCGCCCCUUUCUCCAACCAGGAACCCUCAAACCUGGCCUGGGCUCAGCAAUUCAACAAUCCUAAUAGCCUGCCUGAUCUUAUGCCUAUGAUGUUCCCCUCAGAUGACCCCUUCGCCUACCCCACCCAGCCCAUGUCCACACUGGAGGCGGACCACUUUCAGCAUGAGCCGAAUGGCGCCCAAAUGGCUCCCCAGACCCCGUUAGAGGCCGUCUCCCACCCGCAGGGCAUGAGAGCCAACACCCCGGUCGACCCCGGGAUGACAUCACCUACUUUCACCUCGUUUCCGCAAUUUUCGAAUCUUCCCGCAAGCUCCGUGCCUUCGGUCAACACCUCGGUUCCCAGUCGCUUGCAGCAGACUUCCGCCCCGCCCGUCAACCCGGCGAGGUUUCAAUCUCCCGUCUCCCGGAGCCAGACGCCCCGGGAACAGCUCAGCAGUCCCGAUUUGGUGUCUAUCCCCAACCAAAAUUUUGUCUGGCAAGGGUACAACUUCCAGCCGGUGAAUCUCGCCAGCAUCGAGAAAGAUGCUUCCACAGACAUGAUGCCGCAGGAUUCUACACCCCCCAACGGAAUGGGGGAGUUGAACAUGAGCUACGACGAGAACGCUUUGGGCUUGAAUGUGGACAUGGGCGUGUCCUUUGAUGACCUCUUCGGCAAUACCAGUCGGCCUGGCGCUGGCGCAUUUAAUGACGAGUGGUCUCAAUGGAUGAAUGCUGGCGUAUAA